CGGGAAGCGAGCGGCUGCAGCGGGCGGCGGCGCGGGGCCUGGCGCUCGGGCGGGCCGCGGGGCCCGGGCGCGGCGGGCGCGAUGCCGCUGGGGCUGAAGCCGACGUGCAGCGUGUGCCGCAGCACCUCCUCGUCCAUGUGGAAGAAGGGCGGGCAGGGCGAGAUCCUGUGCAACAACUGCACGGCCCGGCCCGGCCCCGCCGCCCCCGGCGUCUUCGCCACCACCUCGGCCGCCGCCCAGCACAGCAACGGCGGCGGCGGCGGCGGCAAGCAGAGCAAGCAGGAGAUCCACCGCCGCUCCGCCCGCCUGCGCAACACCAAGUACAAGUCGGCGCCGGCCGCGGAGAAGAAGGUGUCCACCAAGGGCAAGGGCCGCCGGCACAUCUUCAAGCUGAAGAACCCCAUCAAGGCUCCUGAGUCUGUAUCCACCAUAAUCACAGCAGAAUCUCUCUUUUACAAGGGAGUGUACUAUCAAAUUGGAGACGUUGUUUCAGUGAUGGAUGAGCAGGAUGGAAAAAUGUACUAUGCUCAGAUUAGGGGAUUUAUUCAGGACCAAUACUGUGAAAAGAGUGCUGCACUGACGUGGCUUAUUCCUACCCAAGCCAGUCCCAAAGACUGUUUUGACCCUGCAUCCUAUAUCAUUGGACCAGAAGAAGACCUUCCAAGGAAAAUGGAGUAUUUAGAAUUCAUCUGUCAUGCACCUUCAGAAUAUUUCAAAUCUCGAUCAUCUCCGUUUCCUACUGUUCCUACUAGACCAGAAAAAGGCUAUAUCUGGACUCAUGUUGGACCUACUCCUGCAAUCUCCAUUAAGGAAACUGUUACCAACAAUUUAUAAUUUCCUUUCCUUUCUUUUUUAAGGAUAUGCCAAAACCGGCAUUUACUGAAUUCUCAGUUUUCACCUGUGGACCUUUUACAAGCUGCUCUAAAAAUCUUUUUUUAUAAAGCAUUCAGUUGGCCAUGUGGAUUAAGGAGGCUUAUUUAUUUUAAAUUAUCUAACUUUAGAAAGAGAAGUUUCUUCCAACUGAAUGUUUCUGUUUCCCUCCCCUCUUCCAUUCAAAACCCAAUUCUUCUUUCAUCAUUGCUUGGUUAGAAAAAACAAGAUCUUUAUUUUUCUUUCUACUGAUGACUGACUUCUCACAGUUGCUUGGGAAUGUAAAUUUAUAACGUUUUCCAGAGUGACUAGCAUAAGUUAAUAUCCAUAAAAGCAUGGACCAUCACUACUUACACAACUUUCGAUGUAGAAAGUGUUGGGUAUAUUUUUUAUUCUCAAGUGACUUUAAAGACUAAAAUUGAUGUUAAUGUCUUUAAAAAAAUGAAAGUAAUUUCAAAUAAAACUUGAAGGUUUAAACUGGA